AUGUGUACAUUCCUUCAUGAGUUUCCAGUUUUAGACUUUGUUCUAUUCCCGCUGCAGAAGGCCUUUGCCCAGUUUGACGCAGAGGGCGAUGGUACCGUCGAUGCUGAGAACAUGUUGGAGGCCCUCAAGAACUCCAGUGGAGCUAAUCUCCAGGGGGAAUUAAGCCACAUCAUCAGACAGCUGCAGGCCUGUUCUCUUGUCCCAGGUUUCAUAGACAUCUUUUCAGAGUCCAAGGAGGGCCUGGGUGUGCACGCAUCCCUGAUCCUGCGCUUCCUACACCGCAACCGGCUCUCCGGCACGGCUGUCCCCUGCCCCAUGCUGGACCACUGCGGGAACGUGUGCUCCAUGAGGGCUUCCGUUCUGAAGGAGUCCUUGGAUCAGCUGCUCCAGAGAGAAAAGGAAAGUCCUGGAGAUCUAACCAGAAGCCCAGAGAUGGACAAACUUAAGUCAGUAGCAAAGUGCUACGCUUACAUAGAAGCAUCCUCCAACCCGGCAGACAUCGACAAGAUGACAAAUGGAGAAACGUCCUCCUACUGGCAGUCAGAUGGCAGUGCCCGCUCACACUGGAUUCGCUUAAAAAUGAAGCCAGACGUUGUGCUCCGGCACUUGUCCAUCGCGGUGGCUGCCACUGACCAGAGCUACAUGCCGCAGCAGGUGACAGUAGCUGUGGGGAGAAGUGCCAGCGAUCUUCAGGAUGUCCGCGACGUGCACAUUCCCAGCAAUGUCACUGGCUAUGUGACACUGCUGGAAAAUGCCAACAUCAGUCAGCUCUAUGUCCAGAUUAACAUAAAACGUUGUCUUAGCGAUGGAUGUGACACUAGAAUUCAUGGUCUGAGGGCUGUUGGCUUUCAGAGAGUUAAGAAGUCUGGGGUCUCGGUGUCAGAUGCUUCUGCAAUCUGGUACUGGUCUCUGCUAACCUCUCUGGUGACGGCGUCCAUGGAGACAAACCCCGCCUUUGUCCAGACAGUGCUGCACAACACGCAGUAAGUCGCCCUCUCUGCUUCCCCGCCCAUCCAGGUGCCCCUCUUGUCCCCUCCCCCUGCAGAGCACAUCCCUGAGACUCAGUGGCUCAGCCCUGGGUGCCCUGGUGUUUCCUGUCUGCGCUUUCGG